AGGCAGCUGGUCGUAUGAGGAAAUUUACUGUAAACUGGAACCGAUUCAUCGCUUCAACCCACUGAAUGACUCCACAUGACACCAAAGGCUGAUAUUAAACAUCAAGAGACACGUUUUUUUCAGAGUCGGCGACCUGUCUGCGGUGUUAAAAUUGUGUUCGUUGCGAGAUGAGGGAGCUGACUUUGCAGCAGCCAAACAUGGCCCCGGGAGAGCAGCAGCAGCAGCAGCAGCAGCAGCAGCAGCCGGCCACAUGUGGGAGAAGUUUGGCUUCCAGCUAUGCUCCUCCGAAUCUGGAGAAUAAGUAUUUAGUGCCGACGUCCACGCUGAUACCACAGCCAAGCUCUCCCCUUUUAACCUUUGCAGCGCAGCCCUCCUCCUGCCCGUCUCUCCAGCCCUCCAGCCUGCCUUCCACGUCUUCCACCCUCCUCUUCAGCUCCUCCUUCUCGCCCUCCCUCCUCAGCACCGAGAACAAGCUCCUAAAUAGCGACUCAUCCCGUCUCUCCUUUUCCUUAACCUCCUCGACAUCGAUCCCCAUUAACUCUCUGCUCUCCACAUCUCUGGCCAGCGGCGCUCUGCUCAAUCGCUUUGCUCAUCCUCCCUCGUUCCUUCAUCCCGGUCCGGACGGAGAACAGAAGAAGGGCGACGGAGGAGAUGAAGGCAGAGAGGAAAUAUCUGAAGCCUGUUUUGAAGAAACAAGUGUGCAAUACUCCGAGGAAGAUGAUGUGUUGCCAGAAGAGGAGAAGGAGAUGGAGGAGGAGGAGGAGGAUGCUGGCUCAACCAUGGAGUUACCUGUCCUGAAAACAGAGAUGAGCAACCAGGAACACGACCAAACUAUAGUCAGCAGACAGGAGGAGUUUGCUGAAGUUGAUAGAGGAAAAGAAGAUAUUGAAGAGGAGAUGAAAGAUAAAAAGUAUCUCCUGCUGAACACCGUGUGUUGCUCCUUGGUCAAUAAGUGUACUCCGCCAGGACAGAAAGACUGGGACUCGGAGGAGAGUGUGUGGACCAGGAUCAAAAACCUAGCGAAGGACAUUUCCAUCAACGACCCGCAGUUUCUUCUCAAGGUGGCAGUUUACACCCGACAGGAGCUGAACAUCCGCAUCACAGCGAACUUCUUACUGGCUCUGGCUGCCAAUCAGCCUUCCACCAAGCCUCAUGUCCGCAGAUACUUCUGCGCUGCUGUACAGCUGCCCUCAGAUUGGCUGGAAGUAGUGAGAAUCUACAGCACAUGCUUCAGCCGCUCGCUGCCGAUGUGCCUGAAGAAGGCGAUGGCCGACAAGUUCAAGCAGUUCAGCGAGUAUCAGCUGGCCAAAUACAACACACGCAAACACCGCUGCAAGCACAGCCGCAACAGACGCAAAGGCAAGAAACCGACUGAUGCGCAGCUGAAAAAGUGGGCGAACUUGCUCAGAUCAGAUGCAUCUAUGCUGAAGAAACUUCUGCAGGUAGAAGGCAAAAAAGUGGUGGUGGAUAAAAAGCAGAGUGAGUUCAGUAUGAAGAAGAUGAUCAAGAAGCUUCACAUUAAAGAACCAGCUGAACACGUUAUGGCCAUCCUGGGAAGAAAGUAUCCUGCUGACCUGAAGGCGUUCACCCGCAGUGGGAUGAAAGGUGUUUGGGACAGAGAGAGAGCCAGUCAGCGAAUGAAGCUGAAACAGCCAGAGACGUGGGAACGGCUGCUCAGUCAGGAGGGCAACAAGGCCGCCACCUGGGAGAAGCUCAUAGACAACAAGUCUCUUCCAUUCAUGGCCAUGCUGAGGAACCUGAGGAACAUGAUCACUCAGGGCAUCAGUGAGGUUCAUCACCAGAAGAUCCUCAGCAGACUGACCAAUAAGAAAGCAGUUAUUCAGAGCCGACAGUUUCCCUUCAGAUUCCUCGCUGCCUACAAAGUCAUCAUGGAGCUCAACACUUCAGCCGUUGCAUCACAGCAAGCAGUCCCUGCCGAAAUCCUAAAGGGCAUCCUGAAGAAGAUUCCCAAGAGCAAGCGCUUCAAACUUCAGAACUGGGAUACAGUCAAGAGGAGGAGGAUGAGGAUGACACUCGGAGUGCCGUUUGUCUAUCGAUUAUACAAUAUGAAGAAGGCCCAGCUCCUCAAGGCCAAUCAGAAGCAGUACACUGUCGCUCUGUUGGACCGUUACCGCAAAGCUCUGGAGACGGCGGUUCAGAUCUCCUGUCGUUACAACGUGCCCCCGCUGCCCGGACGAACCGUCAUCCUGCUCUCCGAUAACAUGAGCGGCGAUCAGACCUGGAGCCGGAAACAAGACUUCUGUCUCCCACCAAACCCCGAGCAUGAGGACGAUGAGGAGGAAGAAGAAGACCAUGGGAGGAGAGGGAGGAAGAAGAAAAAGGACGACGAAGAGGACGACAAGCUCACUCCCUCUAUGAUGGAGGUGGCAGUUUUACUCUCUCUGAUGAUUGGCAGCAGUGCUGAAGAUGCUCAGCUCUGCUUAAUGGGCUUUAAUCACAGUGAAGAAGUCAAGCUGAAGUCUGACGUCCUUUUGGACAACGUCAGGAGUGUGAUCAAACAAGCAAAGGCAUGCAGAAAGGCGUCAUGUGACGAUAGAGACACCAGUUACCUCUCCACAGUAUUCACCAAGAAAAACAAGGUGGACAACAUCAUCAUGCUGACCGACUACUGGAUUAAUGGUACCGUCGAGUGGGCCAUCAACGCCUACAGGAACGAAAUAAAUAAUAAAGCCCUCUUGGUUCAAAUCUACUUGUCAGAGGGAGACGCAGAAUACACCCCUGACAGGAACUGUGUGAAGCUGAAGGGCUUCAGUGAACAAAUGCUGAGGUUUGUGGCAGAACGAGGAUCAUCCAGGCUGCUGGACCAUGUGGAGCAUUUGGACAAACUGUACAACGUCCCACCACCAGAGGGAGCUAAAGACCCUCAGAGCACAAACAAUGUCUCACUACCUGCCAGCCCAAAGUUAAGGUGGCAAGGUGUGCGAGUGUUUAUCUCCUCCACCUUCAGAGACAUGCACGCUGAGCGUGACGUCUUGGUGCGGAGCGUCUUCCCUGAGCUGCGGCGCCGCGCUGCACAGCACUGCCUCCACCUGCAGGAGGUGGAGCUGCGUUGGGGUGUGACGGAGGAGGAGUCAGGGCGGACCACCGAGCUGUGUCUGUCGGAGGUGUGUCGCAGCCAGAUGCUGGUAGGAAUCCUGGGGGAGCGAUACGGCCUGGUGCCCCCCAGACCCGUCCUCCCAGACCUGCCGCAGUACAGCUGGCUGGCGUCGGCUCCGGCUGGUCUGUCCAUCACUGAGAUGGAGAUCCGUCAGUUUCAGGCUCUUUAUCCCGACACGGCGCACCAGCGGAUGUUCUGCUACUUCAGAGAUCCAAACAUCGUCAAAUCAGUUCCUGUGGCUUGGAGAUCCGACUUUGCCCCUGAAUCAAAGGAGGCUGAGUCUAAAAUGGCCUCUCUGAAGAGAGAGAUCCAGGCCAGUGACGUCAAGGUCACUGAAAAUUACCCGUGUGAAUGGGGAGGUGUCAUAGACGGGAAGCCGUAUCUGAAAAACCUGGAGGACUUUGGGAAAGCCGUGCUGGAAGACCUGUGGAUGGCUGUUGUGAAGCAGUUUGUGGACAAGGGUGACGAGGCUGAGGAUGUGUCAGACGUGACAGAGCAGGAGGUGCAUCAGGGGGCGCUGCAGAGGCAGUUCUUCGGCAGGGCGAAGCUGCUGUCCGGGGCCGUAGAGAUGGUGGAGCAGGUCCAGGCCAAAGGAGGGAUGAUGGUGGUGGAGGGAGCAGCUGGAGAGGGAAAAACUGUGUUCAUGGCUGCUCUCGCAGACGCCCUCAGGACCGGCGUCAAGUCCAGGAGAAACCUGGUCUGUGAUGUCAUCUCCUACUCUACAGCUGCCAGCCAAUCGGCACGCUCUGUGGAGAACCUCCUGCGAUGCCUCAUUCAGUGGUUGAGGAAGAUGAAAGAUGCUGAGGAGGAAUCAUCUUUCCCCCUCUCUUACAAAGAUUUGCUGUCAGAGUUUCACUCCAGUUUGAGUGACAUAAAGAAGAACAGACCUCUGGUGCUGCUAGUUGACGGGGUUGAUCUUGUACGAGACGGCAGGGGUCAGCUCAACUCUGAUUGGAUCCCGCAACAACUUCCACAGGGUGUGUGUUUGGUUGUGAGCGCCACAUCCAAUUCAGCACUGUUACAAACCCUGGCCAAGAAGAGAGGGACGCUCCUGUUUGCACUGGGACAACUUGCGAUGCCCGACCGGAGAGAGAUCGUUCAGAAAGGCCUGGACGCCUUCGGGAAGAAACUCAGUGACUCUGCAUUCAACAACCAGCUCCAGACACUGACAAUGAAGAAGGGAGCAGUGAGUCCUCUCUACCUGCAUCUGGCCUGUGAAGACCUGAGGAACUUUGCCUCCUUUGAUAAGCUGAAGGAGAGCCUCCACAGCCUGCCCCAGUCUCUGAACCAGUUGGUCCAGUACAGCCUGGACAGACUGUGCUCGCUGCACAGAGGCAUGCUGGGACUCCGCUGGGCUCUGGCAGCACUCACUGUCAGCACCACCGGCCUGCGGGAGAGAGACUUAUACUCUGUACUGAACACGUGCAAUGACCUGUUCUCACGGGACGGACAGGUCACGUGGCAGGAAGUGUUGCACCUGUCCAGAAAGCCCAAAGGACGCAUUCCCAUGGCAACCUUUACCCGUAUAGUGCAGAGCUUACAGAGCCUGAUUGGUUCAUCUCGUUGCCACGACACCGACGACCUGCUGACUCUAAACAAUCCGGAGGUGAGACGAGCCUUUGAAGACUUUCUCCUCCCAGCAGAAAGUGACAGAACCAGAGCUCACCUGGUGUUGGCAGCUCAUCUGUGGGUGCUGGCUGACGCUCAGGGCAAAGAUACCUUUCUUCACUCUGAGGCCGACUCAGUUAUGCACCUUCCCUCCAACUUGAUUCAAAGCGACCAGUUGGAGGUGCUGCGUUCACUGCUCUCCAGCUACUACUUCUUGUAUGCUAAUGUGCGCCACGGCCUGCUGCACCACCUCCUGGAGACCUACAGCUUGUACGAUAAGAAGCACAAGUCUUCACCAUCGUCUGGCUGCCAGGAUAGUCUGCAGGACUGCCGGAGCUUCCUGCGACGUCACGCCCCCCUGCUCUCCUCCUGGCCGGCGCUUUUCAUCCAGCAGGCCCUCAACGAGCCUCCGGAGACAUCCGCUCACACCUGGGCACGAGGCCUGGUGGGAAAGGGAGGAGUCCGAGUAGUUGAGUGGCUAAACAACGACAAUCAGAUUACUCAAGAGACCAGUGAGCUGGUGUCGACCUUCCUCUCUGAACCGACCUGUUUGGUUGUGAGCUUGGACGGAGAGCUGAUGGUGGUUGGUACUGCACAGGGAACGCUGCAUUUCAUCAACACUCAGACGGGACAGGAAGUGAAGUCGCUGAUGAGCAGCUGUGACGGCAUCUCCAGCUGUGUCUUCCUGAAGGAUGGACGUCUUGCUACCACCUCCUUUGAUGGACGAAUAGAGAUUUGGGACAUCGGGAACGGAUGCAGGACUGCUCUAAUUAAUGGCCACACUAAUGUGAUAACAGGAAGUGAUAUCACUGCAGACAGGAAGCACCUCGCAACUGUGUCCCUGGACUUCAUGCUGAAAGUGUGGUCCUCCACUAAAGGUCAUGAAGUAGCUGCUCUACCCAGCAUCAGCCCUUUGAACUGUGUAACCUUUGACCCCGAGGGUCGGCUGCUGGCUGCUGGCUGCUGGAACGGGAAUGUGAUUGUGUGGAACUGGCUCCAGAAUAAAACUCGAACGUCCCUGUCCGGUCACCAGCGCUCCGUCCGCAGUCUCUCCUUCUCUCCCUCCUCCUCUAUGCUCUGCUCUGGCUCUGUGUGUGGAGAGGUGAGGGUGUGGUCAAUACCCACCUCCACCUGCGUUGGAUGCUUCCAGGCUCACUGCGGAGCCACAGAGGCCCUGACCUUCCUGGAUGAAGGGAACAUGUUGUUGAGCGCCGGCUCCGAUCACAUGCUCCAGCUCUGGUCGGGGGGACUCGGGCGUUCAGUCGCUGCAUUAAAAAGUGAUGAAUGCGAGCAGGAGCCUCCUCAGAAGAAAAUGAAGUCCGUAACCUCGGAGCCUGCUGCGCUGUGCGUGGCUGUGAACGGAGACUAUGUGGCUGUUGGAUACCAUGUUGAAGGCAUAAAACUCUUCAGUCUCACGUCAGGUGAGGAGAUUUGGGCGUCUAAGUUAGUCGACGUGAGCGUACUGUGCCUGCAGUGGCUCGUUGUGGACGCAGAGCAGACGGCUCCUGAGCUGCUGGUGUCUGCGGGAGGAGACGCACGUCUGCGGGUCUGGAAGAGGAAAGAAGGAGAGGAGGGAAUGCUGGGAGGCCUGACAGAGUUUGGGAUGUUUGGGGCGCAGUCGGGCGUCAUCCUGGCACUCGCACAAAACUCCACUUACCUGGCUACAGCUUCAGAUGGCUGCACCAUUGCUCUGUGGUUGUUGAGCGAGUUGGCCCUUGACCCCUGCACUGAGCCUAAGGGCCCGUUGCUGAGGGGCCACAGCGGAGGGGUCACCUGUCUGGCUUUCAGCCCUGAUGGCGGAGAGCUACUGUCUGGUGGAAAAGAUCAGGCUCUGAUGGUUUGGGACGUGAGUUCGUCUCCUGCUGUUCUUUCUAAGUCGCUGCCUCACUCUCACAGAGACUGGAUCACCGGCUGCGUUUGGACUCCAGACUGUGUGGUGAGCUCCUCAAAUGAUGGGAGGCUUUGUUUAUGGGACCUGCAGGCAGGCCAAUGUCUCCGAGAAAUCUCCUGGAAGAGUCCUCUCACCUCCGUCUGCUGUCUGGGACGGUAUGUGAUCGCUGGCUGUGCAGAGGGGGCGCUACAUGUCUGGAACUGGGAAACAAGCAUAGAAAUCAGCCACAUUGCUGCCCACAAGCAACGCAUACACCACUGCUCUCUCCUCCCCAAUACAGACAAGAACAAAGAAGUCAACCCUGAAGAAAUGACUGUUUUCACUGCGUCUGAUGAUGGCACAGUGAAGCUCUGGAAACCUUUACAGGUGGAGCACUUCGGCACCUUCCAGGGUCACAGCGGUGCGAUUCAUGGAGUCGUUGACAAGGAAGGAUCCCAGGAGUUCCUCACUGUUUCUGAAGACUGCUCAUUGCGAUGCUGGACACUGACAACAGAGAGUCUUCCCAGCCUGAGAGGCAACGUCACAGCUCUGUGCUUCUCUCAGACAGAUGAUUUACUUCUUGCUUGUUAUGAAUCUGGUUUACUGGAGUUAUGGCAGCACAACACAGUGGUUGGCCACAAGCAGGCGUCAGACAGCACCGUCACAGCGAUCUGCUCGAUGCCUGAUGGCAAGUUUGCUGUCAGCUACAUGAAACUUUGUGUUGAUGUGUGGAAGCUGGUGUGGAAUCAUCAACGUAGCACCGCAAGCCUGGUGAAGAUAACCACGUACGCAGUGACAGAACCAGCGGUCCGCCUCACAUACUGCACCGCCCUGAUCGGCGUGUGCGAAUCUGGAACAAUAUUUAACGUCGCCUGCGAUGAGGACAACAAGUGGGAAAGCACGAUCAAUGAUUGGCAACAUCGAGUACGAGUUCUGGGGAUGAUCCGUAACGAUGAGAAAAGCAUGUGGCUGGUGGGCGAGGAGGAAGGAGAAGUUAACAUCGGCUUCAUGUUUGCUAUGGGCCCCCAAAAUAAUAUCAAUUCAGCUUUCAGCUCAAUUACCUUACGGAUCGACGAGAAGGAGAAGCAGGGAAGCCUGAUAACAGCUGCAACUAUUGACAAAGAUUUUGUGGUGUGCGGAGACGUGAAGGGCAACAUGUGGUUCAACCAGCCUCCAGAACUUUCCUCAUGGAGCAGCAGAAAACCUGCCCACAGUGACAGGAUCAGUGUGCUGAGAGUCAUCAACAACACCAUCAUCUCCGGCUCCUACGACAGGACAGUGAAGAUGUGGGACAGGAACACUAAGAAACAGCUGGGUAUGUUUGUGUGUGGAGGUCCUGUGCUGGUUUUGGAGGUGAACCCGGAAAAACCCUCUGAACUGGUUUGCGGUGACGGACAGGGAAAGCUGUAUUUUCUCUCCUGGAAGGAAUAAUCCUCUAGUUAUUAAUUCAGGGUGUAGGUAACAUACAUAAUCACUACAUUAACUAAAAAUUGUCAGGUGUUUGUGUGUUUGUUUCAAUGAUUGUAUAUAUAUAUAUUCAUAUUAUAUACUGAUGAUGAGUGUAUAUACUAUAUUCAUAGUAAGGAUGUACUACUCAUGUUUACACAAACCUUUAAUUUUGGUGGCAAACUUGCAAAUGUGACAAACAAGUGUAAACAAGCUUUACAAAUACAGGUUAUAGUUUUGUGUGAGCUUAAUUAUUUUUUUCUUUUCUUAUUUGAAAGUUAUUGAAUGAAAUUAGAAACAUGGGCUAUGAAGCACUUUGGAAAUGGAAUAAUAGGUACGAUAUCCAUCGAUGAUCUUUUCUUUGACAAUAAAUGAUGUUAAAAUCA